CACUAGCCAUUCGGAUCCACGUCGGCGGUCGUUUCGUGAUUGCGCGCGAGCGAAUAACAUCAAAUGCGGUGAAAUCGUGAAUGAAAUGUAGCGGUGACGUGUUUAUGCGUUGCUUAAAGCCAGCUGGGACAUGGCAAGACGUUUUGAGUGUUACCGCUUGCGGCCUAGUGCUUAACAGAGCUGAUGGAAAUGAAUCUGCUCGGUGAAGAGCUGGAUGUUGCAAAGCUAUGGCACAGUUUGUGCUUGCAGUUGACAGGACUUCCUGCAGACUCUGUACACGCCAUCUACGAGAAUACUCUAGCGGCUCUUGGAUUUGCACUUGAAGGCCCCCAAGACCAUGAUGAGACUAGAGUCGCAGAGCAAGUCAUUCAGUCUUUUAUCGGAAAACACAAGGAAAAAGAAGCUGUCCGGUUCUCUGACCUGUACCGAAGGCUUCGAUCUCCGGCACUAGACGGAGUGCUGCCCCGGCGACUAUCCCUGUUGAAGCUUCUCUUGUGUCUGCAAGACUCUGGCCAACACCGAGGGACGACGCGACCAAGCUUGGAGUCCUACCGUCUGUCACAGAACCGUGCUUCGUCUAAGCCUACAGCGCGCAUUGAGUUCUGGCCGUCUCACGGGAGCCAUGCAGCAACUGAUGGAACCCAAGAGCACUCAACGUCGGCAGGUGUCACUCAAGUGGUUGGAGCAACCUGCCAUUUGGGGCAGAAGGUUCUGCGAGAUGUGCUAUUCUGUCUACAGGGAGUGUCCAGCAGCUUGGUGCAGUUCCAUGACUUGCCGCUUGGAAGUUUCACUGUUGACGCUGAAUGUCAGCUUUCAAGUCCACAGCGGCAGAUCGUGCGCAGUCUGGCCGUGCUUGGACGCCUGCGCAUUCUCGUGGAUAGCUUCUGCCGACCGGAAACAUUGCGGCGUGGGCUACUGUGUGAGGCUUUUGUGGGGGCAUUGCAGAACGAGAUGGCGGAGUAUUACCGGCUACUUGCACAGCUUGACACAGAGCUAAACUGCCCUGAUGCCAGCACUGGUGCCCUGACAUUGCCACGAGUGGUGGCAUGGACAAACAAGUGCAUGGUCAGAUAUCGUUUCCUGGGGGAUCUUGUGCAUACUUGUUCAGUGCUCAGAGGUGGCGAAUUGGCAAGCCAGCUCCAUAGCUGUCUGGCAGAUGGAGCUGAAGUCAGUGUUCUCGCACGCAGGCUCCUCCUUGCGGUGCUGCAACCCUGGUACAACAUGCUUUGCCGAUGGAUCCAAACGGGCCAGCUUGAAGAUGUCCAUAAUGAGUUCUUCAUCGCCGCCAAUGCUGAUGUACCAGUGGAGAGCCUUUGGCAAGACAAGUAUCACCUGCGCAAGAGCAUGAUGCCGUCAUUCCUCUCGGAAGAACAGGCCCGGAAGAUUCUGUGCACAGGCAAGGCAGUCAAUUUCUUGCACCACGUUUGCCAGGAUACCCCGCAGCAGGCGGACCUGCCUCCACCGAAUUCAGUGGAGUGCCUCUUGAAUGACCAGCCAGAAGGCUCCUUUAUGGAGUUCUUGGAACAGGCUUAUCAUGCACGCAACUGCCACGUCCUCUCUGUGCUCAACACUCAGUUCAAGUUCAAGGAGCAUUUGCAGGCCUUGCGACAGUUUCUUUUGCUGGGUCAAGGAGACUUUGUCCGCCACCUGAUGGAUGUCGUAGAUAAACAGCUCAACCAGCCUGCCCAGCUCCUGCGCGAGCACGUGCUGAAGGCAGCCUUGGACGAGGCUGUGCGCACCACCAAUGCGCAGUUUGUGGACCCCGACAUGCUGAAGAGGCUCGAGGUCAAAUUGCUAGACAUAAAUCCGGGCGACAAUGGCUGGGAUGUGUUCAGCCUUUUCUAUAGAGUCGAUGGACCCAUUGGCAUGGUGUUCACACCAUACUGCAUGUCGUUAUAUCUGCGGCUCUUCAACCACAUGUGGAGGACCAAGCACAUGGAGUAUGUGGCGACUGCAGCUUGGAUGCAACAAACCGUCAACCUGAAGGUCAAGAAGUGCCGGCGCCCUACAGAGAGCCAAUGCACACUUCACCAGUGCCACAUUUUGCUCUCGGAGAUGAUACACUUCAUGCAGCAGGUCCAGUACUACAUGGUGUUUGAGGUUAUAGAGUGCGCAUGGGCAGAGCUGGAAUCUCGUGUGGAACAGGCACAAGACUUGGACCAAGUCAUUCACGCUCACGAGGAUUUUUUAGCUGCCCUAAUGGCUAGGACCCUACUUGAGCCUGAGUCACGGGACAUUCUGUCCCAGCUACGUUCCAUCUUUGACCAAGUGCUUCGCUUCAAAGAAGUUCAGGGGGAGCUGCUUUUUCAACUGACCAGCGGCAGCAACAGCCUACGGGCACAGGCAUCCCUCAGAAUGAUCUCAGAGUCUUACCAGCAUCUUGUACAGGAUUUUCUGCUGAGCCUCUCUCGCCAUGAUGACACCAAUCUUCAAGGGCUGGGACUUCCGACUGGACUUCUCCGAGUUCUACAACAAGCAGAAUGCACUGCUGCGAACUUCAAUGACGUUCCAUAGCCGUCGACGGUACCAAGGGACUGCUACUACCCAAGUUUAGAUGAUUCUAUGGCUGCUCAGCUGCCGCCCAUACUACCGCCAUCUGCAAGCGCACAGUGAAUGUCAUAAUUUAUAUCGAUAACGCUUCGAGGUAAUGCCUUCCGAAGAGGAGGCAUGCGGAACCACACCAUACUUUGGCUGGCCUUCGUUCGGAGCCGAUGAAUCUGUGAGCAACUGAUAAUUUUAUGCUUGGAUUGCGCUUUUCAUUUAUAUGUGCAAAAUGAAUUUCGUGAACAUGCGUUAUCAUGAAAAACGUGGGCUAUCAACAGAGUUCUUGUGCUUCCCACGACUCAUUGACUGCAACCUUAGCGUAAAUGUUUAUAAUUGUGCAACGAUCUUAAAUAAAGUAUGGCCUUUUGUAUUUUA